AUGAAUAAUAUCGAUAAAGAAGGUCAGGAAAUUGAAGCAGAGAAUGAUUUUGAAGAUAGUGAGGAUUCCUCGGCAUCAUUUACAGAGUUAGCGGAAGAAUACGGAUUAGAGCAUGAUUGUCCAAUCUUUAUAGGACUAAGCGACUAUGUUAAAUUUGUAGCUGGUUCUACUAUUGCAGCGGCUCGUGCUGUUAUUGACGGACGAGUGGACAUAGCGAUUCAUUGGGAUGGCGGAAGACAUCAUGCGAAAAAAUCAGAAUGUCAAGGAUUUUGUUAUGUGAAUGAUAUCGUGCUUGGUAUUAUCGAAUUACGCCGUGUGGAAAGCGCAUUUCUUUAUACAGACAAAGUAAUGACAAUUUCUUUUCAUCAUCACGCGAGGGGAUUUUAUCCUGGAAGUGGUGCAUUAACUGAUAUUGGACAAGGUAAAGGCAUGUAUCACACAAUAAACGUUCCACUUCGAAAAGGAUUGAGAGGUGCGCGAUUUCUACAAAUAGCUGAACAUGUUUUAGGACAUGCGUAUAAUACAUUUCAACCGGAUGCGAUUGUAGUACAAUGUGGUUGUGAUGGCUUAGCUGGUGAUCCGGCACGUGAAUGGAACUUGGAUAUACAAAGUUUUGGUCAAUGUGUUCAAGGAAUUGCUAGCUGGAAUAAGCCAGCAAUUUUCUUGGGUGGUGGUGGAUAUAAUCAUGCAAACGUAGCUAGAUGUAAUGCGUAUAUGACAAGUUUUUUGAUAGAUGGUGGUAUCUCAAUUCAAGAAGAUAUACCUGAACAUCAAUAUUUCGAAGAGUACGGUCCUGAUUUUUCGUUGCUUGUCGACACGGGGAAUAGACCAGAUUUAAAUGACGAUGAGUAUUUGGCGAGUGUGGUGAACGUGAUUCUUGGAUAUUUCAAAAAUAUUGAAGAGAGGAAUAAUUGUCAUUAA